AUCCUCCACAGCGUCUCCUUGUUCUGUUCCCUCCCUCUACUCCGUUGCUUCAACCUCCCCUUCCUCUCGUCUAUCCACCUCUUGUUCACAAUUCUGAUCUUCUGCUCCUCGUCCUUCUCAGUAUCCUGAAAACCUGUGCUCAGCAUUCCUUCAUAGAACAAGCAGCAUGAUCGACAACGUGCCCAUUCCCAUCGAUUUCGAUAUCCACAAGGAUGCUCCAUCAGUGCAAUGUCCCGAAGAACUUAAGAUUUCCGGGGAAAACAUUGUAGCUGAUAUCUCUGCUUUGUCUUUUGAACACGACCCUUUUAGCAGAGAAGAGAUUCUUGAGUGGCCAUUUCCGAAUCUGAGGGACUCCUUCAAUUCAAGCCAAUGUUCCAAAACAAAAUCUUCAAAACAUGUUUCGAUGAGCAGUCCUUCGAUGGGCAAACGCCUUCUUCAGUCCUCCUACGACCCCGACGGCGGAUACACCACGACGUACGCGAGCUUGCACGACGGGAGGGCAAGGAGGCUGUACAAUCAAAGCAUCUCAAGGGAGACGAUGAAAUAGGAUGGAUAACUGUAGAAGCAGUGAAGUAGUCGAGCAGGGGAGGAAAUCUGCGAUGUAUGAUAUGGAUGUGCGAUAUGAAUGAUCUAGUAAGAAAAGUAAAGGACUCGCAAACUUCAAAC